AAAAAAAAAAGAUCCAAGCGAAUCCAAGGUGAGCAGGAACCUUUAGCCAGUUAGCCAGCUGGCUAGCUUGCUUGCUGGAAUUGAUGCAAUUUUAUAACUUUAAACCGCUUUCGAUUUAAAGUGGCGAAUAACUUGUCCAGGAGAUUCCGCUCUAAGACGAAUCGAUGGCCACCUUGGAGGAGGUGCCGGUAGCCGUCGGUGGCGGGGGGGACCCCGAGGGUAACGCCGGCCAAUCGGAUGCCAGCGAGGGGGGCUCCCCCUCAGCCGAAACCUCGGGACCAGCCCACGCCUCCCUGCUGGACAGCGGCGAGAACUUCGACAUUCUGAACGGCGAAGAGGAGGGUGGCCCUGAUGAUGAUGAUGACGACGACGAUGAUGACCUCCCACCUCUGGAAGACAUUAACAAGGAGAAGAAGACGCAGGAGAAGAGCAGAGCAGAGGAUUCUGGGAUAUCUGCCCCUGGGGCUGAAUCUCUCCCAGCUCAGACCACAGAAUGGCUGGAUGUGUUGGGAAAUGGGCAGCUGAAGAAGAAGAUGGUGGAGGCGGGGAAAGGGCCGGAGAGCAGGCCGCGGAAGGGCCAGAACGUCAGGGUCCACCUCAAGACCUCAUUGGCCGACGGCACCACCGUGGAGGAGGAGCCUAGCCUCUCUUUCACUCUCGGGGACGGUGAUGUCAUCCAGGCGCUGGACCUCGCCGUGCAGCUGAUGGAGCUGGAGGAGACAGCUCUGGUCCAAACUGAUGCCAAAUACGCCUAUGGAACUGUGGGGAGUGUGGCCCCCCCUGUGCCCCCCGGGGCAGAUCUGACCCUGGAGCUGAGGUUGCUGGAGGUCGGCGACGCCCCCGACCUGGAGCUGCUGCCCCCGGCGGAGCGGACCGCCCUGGCGGACAGGAAGAGGGAGCGCGGGAACGCGCACUACCAGCGCGGCGACUACGCCUUCGCCGUCAACUCCUACGCCAUCGCCCUGCAGGCGGCCGAGUCCAGCUCCAAAAUGGACAUCAGCCCGCAGGAAGAGGCGGAGCUCCUGGACGUGAAGGUGAAGUGCCUGAACAACAUGGCCGCCGCCCAGCUGAAGCUGGAUCACCUGGAGGCCGCCCUGCGCUCCUGCGUGUCCGUGCUCGCCCACCAGCCCGACAACGUCAAGGCCCUCUUCCGCAAGGGCAAGGUCUUGGCGCUGCGGGGAGAGUACACGGAAGCCAUCAGAGACUUAAAGAGCGCCCUGAAACUGGAGCCCAGCAACAAGACCAUCCACGCCGAGCUCUCCAAGCUGGUGAAGAAGCACUCGGAGCACAAGGGGGCGGAGCAGGCCAUGUACAAGAAGAUGCUGGGAAACCCCGCCCCCACCGCCCCGCAGAAGCACCAGGGCAAGUCCUCAUGGAGCGUCAGCUGGAAGUGGUUGUUCGGCGCCACUGCGGUCGCCAUCGGGGGCGUGGCCUUAUCCGUUGUCAUCGCCGCCAGGAACUAAGGGUAUUGGUGGGUCACUCAGCUCCGCCCCCCACCCACCCAACCCAACCACCCAACCCAACCCAACCCAACAAAAAAAAUACAACAACAGCUUGUGGGCGGAGCCAAAGUUACGUGGCGCUUGAUUGCACCUCCAAAGACUCCCGAGAUGACGAUACAGACGGGAGCCAAUGGGAGCUGAGGAUUGGGUCUGUGAGGGAGGGGGGCUCUGUUUAAACUGCGCCGAUGUCUCCUGCACUGGUUUUAGAGAAGAGAGAAAAACAAAAUGUGAUUGGGGAUUAUCAUUUAUUGUGUCCUGUGUUUGUGAGAAAUGACCCCUGUUGUCCUGAUAGUGUGUAUGGAUGGGUGUGAAACUCGUGCUGUCUGUCUGGAGGCUUGAUUGGUGUGGGUGCCUGUUCAUUAUUUAAUUUGCCCCCCCCACCCUAACCCUAACCCUAACUCCCCCCCCAUUAACCAUGGAGGGCUGUGGUCCAUAACCGUCCACCCCCCUGGCAAAUAUGAGGACUCUUUAUACAUUAAUCAGGGCAAGCCACAAAAUCUUUUUUUUUUUAUUGAAUAGCUUUGCAAUCCUUCACCCAUUCCAAAUGUAAAUUUCUACUCAAGGAUUUGAGGAACCAAAAGGUAGUUAAACUUUUUUUGUACUGGUUCAUUUGAGAGGUAUAUUUAGUUGUUUUCUCUUUUUAACAGAAAUCCUUUAAGGGUGUCAUCUGAACCUAUGGAAUGUUCUAGUUUUCCAAUCGAAUGUCUGAGACUUGCACACAGGGAUGAUAACUCUUAAGCUGAUAGUUGGGGCCUAGCAGCAGUCUCAUUGAAUUGUGGGAAAUGUAGUCUGCAUAAUGGCAAAAACCCAUACCACCUGUUCCUGAGAACUAUUGCUAUUAGUGAUUGGAGAGUUAGUGAACCCAAAAUGGGUGGAGCUACAAGGAUCUGUCAGUCAUUGGCUUGUUUAAACCAAUCAGAUGCUCUGUCUCCACAAUAGAACAAUUGGUUGAAAUGUGUAAGCAAAUGAUGGUGCUUGCUAGUUACGGCUGUUUGUGCUUUCAUGAAUCCUGGCUUUUUUUUAUCACUAGCUGAUAGUGGGUAGAACCAGGAGAGAAUAAUUUCUUGCUUUGUGUUUCUUUUUGUUGUUUAUAGCUCUGGACCAUACCUCACUGUAUGAACUUUCCAAGACCUACAGUUGUUUUUAGGGGAUUAUUCCAACAGAGCUAUUGGAUUUAUUUUGAUAUUUUGUGAUUUAAAAAAAAACUAUAUUAUUCUGCCA